AUGAUUUGCACUCGUCAGAGCUAUGGACGAUUGCUUUGUACUGGACUAUACUUCUUUUUAUGCGGAGUGGAAUACGCUGUUAUUCUACCGACUCUAAAUGGAUAUCUCAUAUCUCUCGAUGGACCCACUGGAUUUCUUGGGAUUAUCAUGUCUUCGUUCAGUCUUACUGGAUUAUUAUCAGCACCGAUAUAUGGGCGAAUAGCUGAUAAGACUGGCGCUAAUAAGAUGUGCGCCAUCAUCAGCAACAUUUUUGAGAUUAUUGGGAAUUUUAUGUAUUUUGUAGGCGGAGAUUACCGGAUAUUGUGGGGCGCGAGAUUGAUAUCCGGAGUUGGAACCGGAGCUGGAUCUUCCUACUUCGGCAUGAUCUCAAAGACGACAACUACAAAGCAAAGAACUGGGGUCUUAUCUAUGCUGGGCUUCAUGAGAAAUGUGGGUAUGCUUACUGGUCCCGGAUUCAAUCUGUUCCUAAGUCAGCUGGAUUUUAAACUUGGACCAUUUGAUGUGAAUGAGUUUUCUUCACCUGGACUUUUUAUGACAGGAAUGUGGACAAUACAUACGAUACUUGUAAUGCUACUUUUCAAGGAUGUUCAAAAAGACUUCUGGGCUGAAGUUAGUGAACCGACGCGACAAAGCAAUAACGGCAUGCUACAGAACAGUGAGCAUUCUAACGAAAGAACAACUUCCCCGGAAAUUAGAAUUCCUAAAACAACUAGAAGUUUCCGUGACGAGUUUUUGAGGCAAGAAGUUCUGGUCUGCCUGCUCGUCUCGUUCAUGUCUUGGGUAGCGCUGACUGGGUUCGAAUCAGCAGCGACACCGAUCAGCUUAUUAUUUUUCGGCUGGGGCGGAAUUAGUAAUAGCUUCAUGUUUUGUGCAGGGGGUGCUGCUAUAAUCUUUGUGUACGCAGUAAUUGGCGUUGUCAACAGAAAGCUGACGGAUCGAUUUAUUCUGCUGGCAGGUUGUUCUGGUGGUGUAUUAUGUUAUUCAAUAUUCACGGUUUACUCCACUGUUUUGUAUUUUAGAAAAGAUGUCGAAAAUCCUGACUGGCUUUUGUCAUUAUUUUGGGUUGAUUGGAUUAUUUUAACAAUGUGUUUCCCGCUCAUUAUUAUUCCAAUGAUGUCACUGUAUUCAAAAAUAACAAGCACUGAGACACAAAGUUUCAAUCAGGGUGUUCUGCUCAUGUUUGCUGGCGCUGGUCGUAUCCUGGGCCCGUUGUGGUCUGCGCCAAUGGUGACUGAAAAACGUUUGCCUAUUUUAGGCGGUCUUGUUCUCAUUUUGAUGUUUGUUGCUGUAGUCUUGAUAUGUACGACGUUCAAAAAACUUGUACCGCGUGACAAUCAGACUCAGACAAACGGACACACGACCAACGGUAAUGCAUUAGCGAACGAAAAGACCCCUUUAUUGAAUAUCGAUAAAAUUCAUGCAUGA